ACAUUUCUGUGCUUUUGGCUAGAUGUAAGCCUCACAAUGAUCCACUAUACUUGUGCACUGAACAAGGCGCUGUUUUCAAUCCGACACCUGUCCCACACUAAAAGAUAAAAAAGAAGAAUUUACAAAGUUGACAAAAGCCCAGGAAGUAGAGCUCGCAUAUUAGCUUCUAGAGCGCAAAGCGGAAAGGGGUAAAGUGGUAAUGGAAGGCGCCGCCCUAGUCGCUAGCUCGAUUCCCAGCAACAGCAUGAGAAAGAGGAGGAAGAAGAAGCAGCGGGAAGGGAUUGAGCAAGAAGAAGAAGAUCGGGGAGAUCCGAAGGUAGAUGAUGAUCCCGAAGAGGAGGAGGAGGAGGAGGAGGAACAAGAGGAACUCGUGAGCAGUGACUUGCUCCAGUGGAGCAUCAUGUCGCGGCUGGAUGCACAGAGCUUGGCACGAUGCCGCCUUGUUUGCCGAUCGUGGCGAGGCCUCGCAUCCUCGGACGUGCUAUGGCGUCCCCUGCUCGCCCAGCUCCUGGGCCUCAGGGCCCAGAUCCCCCUCCAGAUGCUCGCCCUCCAUCGCCCAAUUGCUGCCCGCGCGGCCUACAGUCUCCUCAUGGACGAUUCCCGCAAGUACCGGCUGGUUUCCAGCGAUAUGUGCAGCCGUACAUGGGAGCUUCGCGUUAAACCCGUCUGUGGACAAUAUUGGUAUUCGUUAGAUCCCUCGACACAUGGCAAGCCGGCAUUGGCCCGCUUCUUCCACUGCGACGGGAGCAUCACUGCCGCGGACAAUGACCCAAUUUGGGGUGGCCAGGAGUCGGCUUGGAGGUUUGUGUGUGUGGACGCAAAGCAGUACAUUAAGAUCAACUAUUGGCCAGAGUUUACGAUAUUCCGGCUCCAGGAUGGGCGGUGGAGAUUGGAGAACAAGUGGGCCACGUACACCACCGCGCCGGAUCUGUAUCUCGGUACGGGCAUGGCCAUUUGCAAGGAGAAGGCGCCACCCUGUACGGGCUGCGCGUAUCCCCGGCUCAUGAACGCGGUGACCGCGUUGGUGUCAACCAGCUUCAAACUGGUUUACUGAUAUAUAUAUAUAUAUGUGUGUAAAUAAUCAUCUAAUUUAAAAAUAUAAAAUGAAAUGAAAUA